AAUAGACUGCAGCGUUUACCAAAAGACAUUUUCAAAAAUCUGACUACUUUGGAGGAACUGUAAGUAUUAAAGCAUCCUUCGAUUUAUUAUACCUGCUUGCAUUCCCAUAAGCACACAACUGUGAAAGUAAUCCACUUGAGAUUUCCAAGGGAGGUCUCUGUUUUGCAUUUUGAUAAAUUUGAGUUUGCUCUUUAAAUAAUUUCACGUAUUCCAAUGUUUUACACAGUAAACACCAAAAAAUACCAAACAAUUAAAAACUAGACAAAUAUACUUCACCCACACUCGUGACGUUACUAAUACACGCAACCCAGAACAUUUUUCCUUUAUUUACAUAUCAGAUAAUAUAAUGCAGAUAUACGGCGACAGAAUCGUGUACUAUUAAAUAUGAUCCGUAUUGCCCCAUUUCAUAGUUUGGCUCCCAAACUUAUUGUCUGAUUUAGCAAUCAUUGUCACGAUUAGGGUCUACAACAUGCCCUUACUUGUGCUAAAUCUAUUGCUUGCAGUGGGCGUAAGCAUGUUUUUCGAACUCUUACUUAUAUACCAUUUUUGGCUAUUUUGCUGAGGUUCCUUAAUAGUAAACAUGUUCAAAUUCUUCAGCGAUUUUUCUGGCAACGUGAUUAAAGAGCUUCACAAUGAGACGUUCAUGAAUUUGCGGUCACUCUUACGACUGUAAGUAUUAAAUUGGCUUCCUUUUGUAUUUUUCUCACAGUAUUUACCUCUGUAAGACUACAAUAGCUAGGACGGGUAUUCCAGUAGGGAAUAUUAUUGCAGAUAAAGGUGCAUUUACAAAAAGUUUAUAUCCAGGAUGGAAAGUCGAAAAUGCAACAUUAUUUCUUCGGUCAUUCUACUGGAAAAUUUCCGGGAGAAAAUGAGACUUCUCCCUCUUCCUCAAACGUUUUCCUAGUAAAUCGGAAUGAUUUAUGCAAAUGAAAUAAAUUUACCAGUCCUACAAGGGUUUCGUUAAGUGUUUUGUUCGAUUUUCGUGUUCUUGUUACUAAUAAUAGUUAUUAUGUUUUGUACUGAGCUUGUGAGCAGUUUUUGGUUAAGUUUUCUUAUAUGGUAUGACUACUGUUUUGGAUAUUAUGUAGUGUAUUAUUUUCCAGCUGCUAGUUUUUGUAUAGUUUUGAUGCCUAGAAUUCGUCCUGAGCAACAAAGAAAAUGUAAAUUUUAAAAUUCUUUUACCUAAUGUUCGUGGAAUAAGAUCGCUUAAAAAAAGAAAAGCUUUUUUUUUUCGCUAAAUAAACAGAGAGCAGACAUCCAUAUUCUACAGGAAAGCGAUCUUUUCCAGACGCUUGUGGAAGAAAUAUGUCCAAAAUAAUAAACCUGGCAGCCGGAUUCAUAGGCGUAUUGACCUUCUAAAUAUCAAACAAAUAGGCUUUUAACGAAUCUUUGAUUUGUCAUGACAUAUUUAUUAAUAUUUUCUUUCGUUAGUACCCUUUUUGCGCUAAUUCGUUUAGUGUGAUAAGUGAUAAUUGGUAUUAGUAACUAUCAUUGUCUAUAAUUUGUAAAAUAAUUUCAUUUUUUUUAUCAUUAUUAUUAUUUUUAUGCCUCUUUCUUUCUUGAGUGUAGUUUAGGUGUAUGGUUAUUGUAGCAGAGUUAACGGGACAGUUAUUUAAACGGAGUUUAGCCGGUGUUUAACAAAACUGCGUUCUAACCCUGCGUUCUAACAACAAUUUAAUACCGAUAUGAUCAGUAAUUUAAGUUAUUGUUGCGUGCCUGCUGCCCGUCAGGAAAACCCUCAUUUAUCUUUGAGGGAAACCUGAACCCUCCCGAAAGCAGAGCCAGACACUUAACAUGAACGUAGAUAAAAGUAAAUUACUAGACCAGAAUUAUUGUGGAGAAAAGGGGUAAGGGAUGAAGUACCCCAAAAUGGACCGCAGGUCACUUAUCUCUACAUACUGGUGUAAUAAUCCGAAAUCUACAAGGGGAGAGGUGAUAACCCCCCAGGAUAGUUAGAGGUGAUAAUCCCCUGUACGGGGUGAUAAUCCCCAGGGAAGUGAGAGGUGAUAAUCCUCUCUAGGGGGUGAUAAUCCCCCAGGAUAGUGAGAGGCGAUAGUCCUCUCUAGGAGGUGAUAAUCCCCAAGAUUGUGAGUGGAGGUGAUAAUCCCCCUUGGGUACUGGAGAGGUGGAAAGACCUCACUAAAUGUCUAUGGGGCAAAGGGUGACCUGUAUGGGAGCACUUCAUCCCCACCAAAUACCCCAAAGGGGUAUUCCCUAUAGACGAAAAACAGGAAUUGUAGGGCUAUUUUCAGAGUCAAAUGUCACUUGAAACAAUGAUCACAUCAUACUAAUUAGAAUGAGCAAAUGCCCCUCGAGUAGUUAUCAGCUGAGGAUUUAACUAGAAACAGCAACAAGUUUGUCAGGAGCCUAAGACCUCCUCCACAGCAGAUGAGGAGACAGAUGAGGAGAUAUGAAAUGACAAAGAGCAAAACAAAGGAUCAGUCUGUAAAUUAAGCACAAUCAACGGACCAACAAUUAUCCAUAAUUUACACAAACUGGAUGCAACUGGUGUAUCUAUCAAGUGUGCCGGAUACUGAGAUGUGAUAACCCAGUCCAUAUUGAGAAAAUUUCUUUCAUCUUUAUCGAUAAAUCAGAAUGCAUAUGCUAAUGAUUGUUGUUUGUAAGCUACUAAAAAUAACUGUAUCAUUUAUGGUUUUAACUCAGUUAUUGAAACAGUGACAACAAUACAUGGUGUAAGGCAAGGAGUUGGGAACGAACUUUAUGCAACAUCAUGCAUACUCUUUAGGGCUGCAAUCACACCCGGAAAAAGGUCUUUACUCCUUUCCAGGGUUACCAAUCCCCUGAGAAAGGUCCUUGGUAGAUUUAGAGGAGUUGCAAUCCUCCACUCGACUCUCUUUUUGGGAUAACAAUUCCCUGGGAGAGGCCCUUAGUCCUUUAAGGCAGUUUUAGAUCAAAGGAACAGAGCAAAUAAGAAGGCUCAGAUUGUAAUUUGAUUGCAAGUAACAACUAAUAGUUACGCACUGAAAAAAUAGACACUGCCUUGAUGAAAAUCGCGCACUGAUCAAAUGGGCAUGCGAAUCCAAAUGUGGGAAUGCUUUAGAAAUUACAUUAUUUCCUACCUUAAAGACACCCUCAAAUCAAAUAAAUCACUCACUUUAUACCUCUAUCUUUAGCAUGAUAUUGAGUUGGGGAAAUACAAUGCACACCCAAACAGAGGAACUGAAGUCCAAACAGCACAACAUAAAUGCAUACAUUGCAUAUUUUUAGCCAUAAUGGAGAACGAAGUGCACCCUACUACAAACUUCAAAAGAUACUCGACAUAGAUAACAUGUUAAAACUUAAUAUCUCACGAAUCUCACACAAUGAACCAUAAUCCCUGAAGUGUUUUAAAGAUACCUCAUAAAGGUGUCUGAUAUUAACUCAUAUGAUACCAGAUAUGCUAGAAAUCCAUGGAAAUAUUCUAUUAGAUGUGACUAAACAUUUGAAACUGAAAUUCAAUCCAUUAUUUGAAAAACCUCGAAGACCUAAUCUUCACAGAUUUGAUAAAUUUGUGAUUUGGGGCGCCAAGUCCUUCUUCCUACAGUUAGUGAACUCAAAAAUAACUUUCCAUUUCUCGAAGCGUUUAGUACAGUCACAUGUACAAUAUUGCAAAAAACAGAUGUCGUGGCAGGCACAAUAUAAUAAAGAAUAUUAAGUUAACUAUCGAUAAACCAGAAAAAUACCGCACCUGAAUCAUGGGAGAGCAACUCUGAUCCCAAAGAGACACACUGGCCCAAGAUGAUUUCCUGCUGAAGAACCUUGACUGUGAAGUGCCAGCCACGAGAGUCGAAACGCCCAAAGUGAGGGUACAGCCAGAGGUUAUCAAAAGCUUACGACGAGGAGAAAGCAGCGACAUUCAAGAGGAGGGUUAUUAUAGGCCCAUGUUCCAAGGACGGAGUUUAACCGAGACCGGUGCAACAUCUCUUCGUGGAAGUUCAGUCCAGAAAACUCGAACGCGAAAAGCUUGUAUUCAGUUCGACGAUCAAGUUUGCCCUACCUAAACGGUGAUCUAGUCGAUACAGCUUAGCAAAAUUCCAAUUCUUGAAGGAAAAUCAAGGCUAGAAGUAACAAGCAUUUUGUUCCACGAAGCGAAGAAUAUGAAGUGCUGUUUUGUUGAGCUGGGCGCGAAAAUAUAAGCAUCAACUCUUCAUGUGAUAGCUGGCAUCUAACUGGCUGAGCAAAUAAUUAGUAUGAAAGGGGUCACAUGCAGGAAGUAACCGCUGAAAGGAAGUGAACUGGUUCGAUUACUGGUAAAGGCGGGUCUAUGGUUGUCACAUUAACUUUAAUUUAUCCUGUUGUAUAAAUUAGCUUUUGUCUUCUUAAAAUAACUCAUUGAUGAAGAUAUCUGGAGGACAACAGAUUUCUUAAACCGCGGUUUAAGUAUGACUUCGUUUAACCUGAGAUCAGGCUCUAUUUUCGUUUCGCUUUGUAAAUAACAUUCCGGAGGGCAUGGCGAAACGAAAAAAGAGCCUGAUACAAACCUUCUACGAAACGUCUACCCCCCACUUUUUUGAUUGAUUGACAUUUGCCGAAUCAGCCAACCAAAAUUACUUCCGUUGCUUGUUUUUCUAGUAUGCAAAAUUUUCACUCGUGGGAAAAAUGCAGACUGGCUGACUUAAAAAAUAGCUUUUCUCUGUUAAUUUUUUAGCUAAACUAAAACAGUCAGCACAAUCACAUUUAACUUCUUGCGAGAUUAAGGGAGAUCUCGAAGGUUAUUUCUGUUGGCGUUGAAGGUAAAAAGUUUUCGAAAAGACGGCGACACGAUGUUCUACUAGUGUUAUUAUUUUGGCUAGGCGCGCUCGAAUUUAAAAUACUGAAAUUUCUAUUUUUCCGUUGCCUUAAUAUUUUCCUCAGCAAUUUCCCCCGAUUUUCAGAACAUAAAUCUUUAAAAACAAAAGCAAACAGCCAACGAGCGAGGACACCAGUUUUCCUGGUUUAUUUUUUACAAAAAGCGAAGGUAAACAACCAGUCUGUUAACACUCCUUGAACAGCGAUGCGAUAUUUUUCGUCUAACACUUCACAGUUGGCGAUUGAGGUUUCUUUCGCGGUGCGAAACCGCUUGCGUACCCCGUUCAGAGAAGUCAUUCCCGGCUAAACUUUCAACUGAAACCAGUUUUAAGAUGGACAGUAUUUUGAUUUGCACCCGUUUGUUGGUAAAUCAAAAGGCACCUUGUUAGCGGUCAACAACUUGCAGAGGGAUUUAACUCCGCGAUACACUCACUUUCCGCAAAAAAAGCAAAUCCAGAGAAGAUAUGAACAACCAUAUGAAUUUUCUGAAUUUCCAUGGCACAUAUUAAGGCAUAUUUUCCUACCAUAAGACCAUAAAACAAUAACAAAGACAGCAAAAUCGAUCCUUCUCUCCGCCGACGACGAAUCAUUCACGAAAACAACCACACGAGGAAUAAGCGCUUUCCAAUUCCGGCGUUUCCGACAGCCAGUCAGAUCUUGUGGCAUUGUUCUAACAUCCAAUCAGCGUUACGCCAAAAAUCUGGCCGUACCGAGCACAAACGUGAGAGAGUUUGUAUCAGGCCCAAUUUCAGCGGUAGCCGUUAGGGAGAAUGUAUGAGAACCGCUCAAAUUGGACCUGAUCUCAGGUUAGACUUCGUUUAAAUAAUCGACCCAACGUGUUGAAAUUCCAUUUAAAAAAGGUUUUGUCAUACAAAUCCCCAUUCAAUAAAAUACGAAAAAACAAGGUAGUUGAGGUAACCCGCCUGUCAAUAUAAUCUCUCAUUUUAAUGUGAUCUUAUUUUUUUUCGGAGUUUAAUUUAUGCGCUCUUUUAAUUACAUGGUUUGGGAGCUUCAUGUUAUUCUGUGAUUCCAAUUUAAUUAAUUUGCCUAUCAGUAAGGAACGGGGUUUAUGUUUUUGCUAGGCAGUUGUUUUUGAUCACCCUUUAGUGAUUUUUAUAUUGCUCAUUUUGGUUUGUUGUUUUUUAAAAGGAAUUUAGGCUCUAAUAGACUGCAGCGUUUACCAAAAGACAUUUUCAAAUAUCUGACUACUUUGGAGGAACUGUAAGUAUUAAAGCAUCUUUCGAUUUAUUAUACCUACUCGCAAUCCCACCAGCACACAACUGAGAAUUUAGAAAGAAAUCCACUUAAGAUUUCCAAAACCGGUCUCUCUUGAAUUUGAUUUUUAAAUAAUUUCAUGUAUUCCAAUAUUUAUUUGCACGGUAAACACCAAAACAUACAAAGCAGUUUAAAACUUGACAUAUAUACAUCACACACACUCGUUACAUACUGAUACACACACCCCAGAACAUUUUUCCUGUAUUUACAUAUAAAUUAAUAUAAUGUAGACAAUGCGGCGACAGAAUCGUGUACUAAUAUGAUCUGUAUUGCCCCAUUUCAUAUUGUGGGUCACAAAUUUAUCUUCUCAUUUAGUAAUCAUUGCCGCGAUUAGGGUCUACAGCAUAUCCUUACCUGUGCUAAAUCUAUUACUUGCAGUGGGUGUAAGCAUGUUUUUCCAACUUGACUUAGGCCCAGUUCAUACGUCGUGCUUCUGCCGUGCCGAACCUAAUUAAUAUUGGGUUCGACAGAAGCACGGCACAAGCACGACUUCAGACGUCGUGUCAGAGUCUAACUUAAUUCAGGAGUCGCACAGUAGUCAGUACAGCGGUAAGCGGUGACGAAAAUGGCACCGCACCGUAACCUCCAGCGUAAAUUACUACUUGUAAAACUCUUACAAAACUCGAGGAGGAGAAGAAAAGAAAUGCAGCAGAAAAUUGUUUUCCUUUUGACCGUCAGCCGAAUGUUAUUCUUAGAAGUUUUUUUUCUCUCUGCUCUUCUUAUUUCUUCCGAGAAAACCACUGCUGAUCGAUCAUGUCGACGGCUUCCCCGUAACAAGGGAUGGUUAGAAGAAGUAUGGAACACAUACAUUGAUCAAAGGUUCAAGAAAACGUUUCGUGUACCAAAAUCCACCUUUAACUUUAUCCUUGGUCGUAUACAACACGAUUGCGAUGACACUGACUCAACAUUGCCGAUCGCUUCCUCGUCUUUCUCUUCAUCUUAUUCUUUAUAGCCAGCUAGUGGAAUAUUUUCGUCAAAAGGUAGUUCGUCUUCUGAUGAAUUAUCGGACUCUGCAGCACUGCAAACCAAGGAGGAAGGAGCAUGCAAACUUGCACGGGAAGCCGCCAUUAUUUGUUUUAAACCAUUCUCGACCCCGGCCCAGUGCUUACGCUUCUGAUUCCUGGCCGUCAUGCGCAGAGGAGCUCUGGGGUAAUAAACAGAGUCAAUGCGCGUGCUCAUUGAAGGACAUUUUUCCUCGAAGCUACUCGCGGGACUCGCAAGAUAACAAUUCCCGAGAAAAAUACAUUUCUGAAAUUUAUGCCUUUAGUUCGACACGGCAUAAGCACGACGUCUGAAUCGCUGCCGUGCCAGAGUCGUGUAGCACGGCAGACCCUGUCGAACUUAAUUGUUCUGCCGCACUAAAUUAAAAACUUUGAUUCAGACGUCGUGCUUCUGCCGUGCUUAUGUCGAACUUAAUUCAAGAAUUAAGUUCGCCACGGCAGAAGCACGACGUAUCAACUGGGCCUUACUUAUAUGCCAUUUUUUGCUAUUUUGGUGAGGUCCCUUAAUGAUGAACAUUUUCUAAUUGUUUAGAAAUUUUUCUGGCAACGUGAUUAAAGAGCUUCACAAUGAGACAUUCAUGAAUUUGCGAUCACUCUUACGACUGUAAGUAUUAAAUUGGCUUCCUUAGCUUCCAAUGAUUUGGAAUUUUCCUCACAGUAUUAACUCUGUAAGACUAGCUAGGAAAGGUAUUUCAGUAGGGAAUCUUAUUGCAGAUAAUGGCACAUUUACAAAAAAAUUAUAUUCAGGACGGAAGGUGAAAAAUGCAACAUUACUUCUUUGCGUCAUUCUACUGGAAAAUUUCCUGGAGAAAAUGAGACUUCAUGUCCCUCUUCUUCAAACGUUUUCUUAGUAAAUAGGAAUGAUUUAUGCAUAUGAAAAACCUCUGUUCCUGAACUAAAUUUACUAGUCCUAAAAAGGUUUCGUUAAGUGUUUUGCUCGAUUUUCGUGGUCUUGUUACUAAUAAUAGUUAUUAUGUUUUGUACUGAGCUUGUGAGCAGUUUUUGGUUAAGUUUUCUUAGGGGGAUGGUAUGACCACUGUUUUGCAUAUUAUGAAGUGCAUUAUUUUCCAGCUACCAGUUUUUGUACAGUUUUGAUGACUGGUAUUCGUCCUGAGCAACAAAGAAAAUGUAAAUUUUUAAAUUCUUUCACUUAAUGUUCGUGGAAUUAGAUCGCUUGAAAAAAGAAAAGCCCUUUUUAUUUCGUUAAAUAAACGGAUAGCAGACAUCAUUUUUCUACAGGAAAGCGCUCUUUUUAAGACGCUUGUGGAAGAAGUAAUUCCCUAAUAUAAUCCUGGCAGCCGGAUUUCAAAAGCGUAUUGACCUUCUAAAUAUCAAGCAAAUAGCCUUUUAAAGAAUCUUUGAUUUGUCACACCAUUUGAGUUUUGUUUUCGUUAAUACCCUUUUUUCGAUAAUUCAUUUAGUGUGAUAAGUGAUAAUAGUCAUCAGUAAGUAUUAUAGUCUGUGAUUUGGGCUAUAAUUUUAUUUUUAUUUGUUAUUAUUUUCUUCUGCUUCUUUCUUUCUUGAAUCUAGUUAAGGUGUAUAGUUAUUCUAUUAGAGUUAAUGUCGGUAAAUUCCUUGUAAAAAAAAUUUUGUUAUAAUCAUCCCCAUUUAAUAAAAUACAAAAAGAAGGUAGGUGAGGGAACCCGCCUGUCCAUAUAAUCUCUCAUUUUAAUUUGAUGAUAUUUACAUGAUAAGUGGGGUGACCCGCCACCUGUUACGUCACCUACAUGUAUCUGGGAUCCCGUCAGCUCCAUGUAAACAGACCCUUAAUUAAUGGACGUUUAGUUAAUACAUCAAUUUUUCAACUGGCUAUUUUCUUGUCUAGGUAUUUGUCUGCAAAUAAAAUCAAAAUAUUACCGACUGGCAUAUUUCAUGGACCAAAUCUGCUAAAAGAACUGUAAGUUUUACCUUCUUUGUAUAAAUUCCAAUUUAAGAAAUUUCUAAUUCAACCUAGCCAUCGUAUUGUCAGUUGUCGAAAAAUUGUCGCUCAUGUUUUUAUGAAGCACUUAGUGAGUGAAACAGGUUAUGUUAGUUUUUAAAGUUUCACGGUUAAAAUUUUUUUCUUAACUUUGCUUAAGGGGUUGAACGUUAAAUUCCAAUAAGCAGAUUUUGAGAUAUCGCCGUUUGUUUACAUUGCCUGUAUAUGAAAGUCAUCAAACCAAGUACUCUCACAUUAUUCCUUAAGUGCGCAUGCUCAACAAUUGUGCGUUCGCUUAAACUACGCGAUAUAACAAAAGGGGCAAAAACAAAACUGACAUUUCUGGGCCCCCUUCUGGGCUAUUUCAGCUUGCCCUCCAAUUUAUUCUUGAAAAGCUACAAAUGUUCAAUGUUUAAAUUAAUUUUGCUGUCUAUUCCAAGCGAAAUCCUGACAUUUAUCAGUCCGAGAAAAAAAUAGUGUUUUGCUUAAGCUAUUUUUUAGUGUUAUGUAAGCUUUUUCGAGGUACUUUUUGGCUGCAUUUCACUCAACUUAUAAAAAUUUCUAGACUAAAAUGACACUGGUUUGAAACUUCAUGGGGUCAGAUGUCAUGUCACUUUUAAUUUGGACUCGGUGAAACUGCUUCUAGGGACCACUAACUUAUUGCCCAGCGUCAGAUAAAGGCUUUUAAUCUGCCUUUGAAUGAUUUUUCAUUGUUUAAAAUUGCCAAGUAGUAGAAUGAGUUGAAUUUUUUGCUUACCCGGUUUUCAAAAAUCCAGGUAUAUUUCAGUAUUACUUUUGAAAUUUGCAGAGGCCUGUUUGUGUCAAAGGGAGGUUAGGGGAAGGAAAAGGAAAGCGCGCGAGUCACGAUUAGGCUUAGCCACAAGUUGCUCCGGAACUUUUCGCCAACUUUUAAAAUUCUCGGCAACUUUUUGUUUUUAGCAUUUUUAACUUUAUUUUUUACUUUUGGCAACAUUUAUUAGCUUUCGAAAGAAAAGUCAGCUACAUUGAACUGGUUUAUUCUACUGUUUGAGUGUGUGGACUCCAGCACUGGCCCAAUUACCAAUGCCAGCUUGGUGUUGCACGCCUGUCCAUGAGGUCAGCGGUAUCACAUGACACGUUUUUCAAGAUGGCGGACAACAUUGUCAGUGAUUAAGAUUCCAGCUGGGAAGAGCGUGCAGAUGAAGGCCCGAUUAAUCCUAUUUACCGAAGAGGCUAAAGUAGCUGGAGAAAGAAAAAUCCAGACAAAUCCGGCGGUUAAAAACCGCAAUAAAACCAGCUUCAAGUGCAAACAAGUAAAAAAAAAAGGAACUAUUCGGCAACUUUUUCGAAAUUCAUCAACUUUUCGGCAACUUUAAAAAUAAAAUAACAACUUUUUAGCAGCUUUUGUACACUUUUAUCGGCAACUUUUUGGGAAUUCAGCGGCAAGUUGUGGCUAAGCCUUGUUUUGAUGGGAAGGGGAAAGAGAGAAAUUACUUCUCUUCCCAUCGUCCCCGUUUUCUUUCUACUCUUCGAUUACUUCUAUUUUUAUUGGGAUACUCAGCGGGAGCCUCUGCCAAAGAGAGAGAAAUAAUAGCAAUAAAACCGUCCUCAGGCGAAAAAGUAUGUCUCUUUACCAUUAAAAAAGUCGCGAAUUAAUACUGUUUCCUAUCAUCAGUCGAUUGCAGGAGAACGCAUUUGAGGCUAUUGAUUCUAACGCAUUUCACACAAUGGCGUCCUUGAAAAAGCUGUUAGUUAUCUCAUAUGUUUAAAAUUAUUUUGAAAAAGAGCAAGAAUAGAAAAACUGCGUCGUACGUUAACUUAGCCUGUCUGAGAAAGAAAAUAUUGUUACAAAGAAAUUUCAAUUAUCUAAGAUGCCGCUUACACGGGUCCGGACAAAUCUUUGAACGAACGACUUUUUUACCUGUUCAACCUGUUUAUUCGGAACCGUUUCCACUUCAAAAAAUUGGUUCUGCGGGCCUCGUGUAAACGAAAGGCGGAUCCGUGCAAUUUUUUCCCGUUCAAAAACUGUCCGGAUCUGUGUAAACGGCAUCUAAACCUAUUGCGUUUUGGCCGUUCUUGUUGCCGUCCUCGUUGCUUAAGCUCCCUAUAAAUAUUGUCGGAAAUCCUACGCGGUAAGAUUGCGGAAAAAAGAUAAUUUCGUUUGAAAAAUAAUAAUGCCCUACUACUAUGAAGGAACCGUCUGAAUGUAAAUCAAGAAUUAGGAAAACGUUUGUAAGGCACUCUUUGAGCGGAAAAAGUAAAGUUAUGACCAAAUUACAAACGAUUGGCAGCUUUCUUGUUUAUCAUGCUUGAGACAACGUGGGUUCACGCGAUCCUUCUUCAGAGAUUACGAUUUCGUUAUGGCUUUUCCAACCUAGUUCUUCAGUGGUUCACUUCUUAUCUUGUUGACCGUCCUCAACGCUUAGUGUUGGACAAGUUUUCUUCCCAGCCUCGUCUUUUAUGUUGUGGAGUCCCUCAAGGCUCCGUUUUAAGACCGAUGUUAUUUUCUCUAUAUAUUUCUCCACUGGAGGAUGUAAUUACGGCUAACGGCUCAAAUGCAAUGAUGUACGCCGAAGAUUCUCAGCUUUACAUUAUUAAGAGACAAAGCAAUCGUGCUACAGCAUUAGACGAUCUUACGCUUUGUAUCCAAGAUAUCACGUUCUGGAAUGUCUCUAACAUGCUUAAAUGUAACCCAAAGAAGACUGAAAUCAUUCACUUCUCCUCGCAUUCUUCACCGGCCGAAUCAAUUCCUUCUAUCAAGGUUGGAGAUUGUCCAAUUUCUCUGAGUAAUUAGGUCAAGAACCUUGGGGUUACAGUACAGCCUUCUCACUUUUAAAACUUACAUUAAUAACAAUUUUUGCUCCGCCUCACGUUCUAUUCAUCUCAUCGGAAAAACAUUAGGAAGCUUCUAUUUAGAUCUGCUACGGAACGUCUUAUUCACGCAUUUGUUUCUUCAAAACUGGAUUACUGCAACAGCACUCUUCACGGACUACCCUCCUAUAAGGUAGAGAAUUAUAGAAACUACAACGGUUGCAAAAUAUAGCCGCAAGGCUAACUGAUAUAGCAAAAGAGUCGGCUCACAUCACUUUAAUCUUAAAGAGUUUGCACUGGCUCCCACUAAAACAAAAGAAUUAAUUUUAAGAUUCUGUUGGUCACUUGCAAAAUCCUCCAUGGCUUUGCUCCAACCUAUUCAGAUGAGCUGCUUUUUAACUACACGCCUCACCGUUUACUACGGUCAAGCAGCUUUAACCUGCUGUCUAUUCCAAAGACUGGUUAUGGCGACAGAUCCUUCUCAAUCAUUGCACCAAAGCUUUGGAAUGACCUACCCAUUAGAAUCAAACAGUGCUCCGCACUUGACUCUUUUAAAUUGAGAUUAAAAACUUUUCUUUUUAACCGUGUUUAUUGUUAGAUUAGGUAAAUAAUUUUUUAAAAAGCAUUGAGACUUCCAUGCGUUAUAAAAUGCGUUUUUAAGCACCUUGUUAUUAUUAUUACUAUUUUAUUAUCUCUUUUAUCACAGUCUUUGCUGGUGUUCUUUUUGUGCAUCAGCCGGGCGAAAUACAUGCACCUAGAGCGUCAGUCACUCAAGUCAAUCAUUCUGUUCAUACACUGAGCACCUUUCUGAGGAUUCGCGCAGAUCCCAGCAUGCAGAUCUUUUGAAUCUCUGUCAUUGUAGCUCUCUCUGAUACUUUCUUGAUGUUUUCUACCAUACCCUUCUUCACUGAACCAAGCGCACGAACAACCACAGGGAUCACUACGGUUUUCAUAUGCCACAUUCUCUGUACGUCUAGUUCUAGUUCUUUGUACUUGCUUUUAUUUUCAGUUUCCUUCAGUGCGAUAUUUCUAUCUGAUGGAACAGUCAUGUCAAUCAGUUUGCAGGUGAAGUUCACUGAAACUUUAACGAUGAUGUCUGGUCUGUUCGCUGUUAUAGUCCUAUCAGUAUUGACUAGCAUGUCCCACAUGAUGGUGAUGUUGUUAUCUUUAUUGUGCAUCACGGUCUCUGGCUCCUGUUCGUACCAUUUGUCUGUAAUCUCUAUAUCAUGAUCUUUACAGACGCUCCUAUGGAGAUAUGCUGCAGCAUUAUUGUGCCUGCAGAUGUACACUGUUUUGGCCAAUACCUCACAUCCAGAUACAAUAUGGUCCACUGUCUCUUCAUGUUGCGAACACAUUCUGCAUUUGUUCUCCACUUGCUGGCCAUAUAAUAUAUAGAUUUAGCCAGGGCUAAAAGCGAAGCUCCUAUUAAGUCGAAUUUAUAAUUUAAAUCAAACAAUAAACUUGCAAUUGUAUUUUACAAAUCAGUUAACUUUGGAGCACAUUCAUGUGACUUUUGAGGGAAAGGCUAAGUGACUUUACAGAAAAAUAAUUUGCAAACAGUCCAAGCUAAGAGUGAACUUAAUCUUACAUCGAGUUGAUAGCCUUAUAUGUACACCCAAAAAAUAGCAAUCAUCUUCGAUCACAUUCAAGAGCCAUAAAAAUGGCUCUUGAUCACAGAAGAUUAGGCCUGUAAAACAACUUCUCGGAAAACAAAUCAGGCCCAAUUUUUUGCGUUCGACAAGUUUACAAUUUAUUUUACAAAAUCUUGCUAACAAGUCUGGGGACGUGCAAACCAACCUUUUAUACUUUUUAUACAUCAUCUGAGCCGAAACAGUACCAUGAGGCACUGUUUUUAUCAUACAGACCUCGGACAGAUCACAGUUUUGCAAUACAAAUUGUACUCAUUCAACAUUCAGGUCGAUCGAAGCGCGCGUGGGCUUUUACCGAAACCGUUAAAAAAAUUUCUAAAAUCACCUAUAGGGCUUGCCGGUUCUCACUUUUGACAAGCGCCAAAGUCGACUGUUUAAAUCAAGAUUAAUAGAGUAAUACGCUUUAACAUGAUAAAAAAUUUAUCAUGUUUAUUUCUUUACUUAACGGCUUUAUAACUAUGUGUAAUCUUCAAAAGCGUUUGAUACACGCGGCAUUUUGACUACUCCUGCAAGCGAUGUUCGUGAGCGACUGAAAACAACCGGCACAGCGAUUAAAAUUGCAAAAGAGACUACUAACAAUCAAUAAAAGGAUAAUAAUUCGGUGAAACAUAUACAGAGACAACAAUUUUCAUUCACGAAGACAAGUAAAAAGUGUCUCUGAAAAUCCUUGUUUAUGUUUUAAGCCGGCUUCCCGGCGUUUGCUUUUUUCAAAGAUGAACUCGAGGCAAGAAAAUCGCUCAAAGCUUUCUUUUACAGCCAGAAUUAUAGCUAAAUAUUCUUUGGAACGUUUUCUUUCUAUUUGCAGUGAGAAAAUGUCUAAAGGCUUUUUAAAGUUCUAUAAGCUUAUAAUCAAACCUGAUACUCGGUCAAUCGAACAUUGUCUCAAAUCUUACAAACGCAAACGUGCAUAAACUAAAUAGCCGCAUAAACUACGCCCGACUUCAUUAAAUUAGAUAUAAAAAACAAACAUCAAAUACAAUAAUUACUCAGGCUUACCAUUCGAGAUGCUCUGAAAACUAUCAAGUAAGGCCAGAAUCGCUUCAGACUUUUCAACCCUUUUACGCAUCAAGCAAGGUGAAAAACGAAAACGAUGCCAUCCGAAAUCGAAUUUCCGACUUUGACAAGCAACGUAUUUCUCAACCAAAAACCCAAUAAACAAACUAGCUAUGAAUAACAGAAGACUCUUGCUAGCAGCAGAAUUUCAUUUUGCACAUCCAGCGGAGAAAGACAGUUAAAAACAUCACAAGUUGACACAAAACUCUGUCAGCUUCAGCUGUCAAAGUAAACAAGUUUCAAGAUGCUGCAUAAAUUUUCCGCAUGAACUCACCUGUCAAAUUUUGACCAAUCAGAGGAUAAAAAUUGGACGUAGAGCGUGACCAACGCGUGACCUUGGUGAGAAAAGUCAAAAGCAACUGGCAUGUCUUCCCUGCCUGUAAAAACUGGCUGAAUGUUAGCUUCCGAGGUCAGACACAUAUAAAACACAACAUAUUUCAUAUAAAUUAAAAAAAAUUAAACUUGAGCCUGCGAUCAUUUGAAAACUAGUAACUUGUCAGCGGAUAACUUCAAAAAGAUACUCGACCUAGAUGGGUCGACACCUGAGCCCGCAAUACGGUCAGGUGAUACUGGUCAGCGGAUACCCUGUUUUGACAGCUGUCAAUUGAUCACAACAUUGAUGUAGCACAGGAAGACUGAUAUUGCACACAUAUUGUACCAAACUAGCUAGAGAGUGUGAGAUUGAACAUUGGUUUUCCUGUGGUGCGGACGGACGGGCGGGCUGCGGGCGGUGUACGGUCACGUGAUUACCAAAUUUUCUCGGAUGGGUAGAUUUACUUACCCAUGGUGCUCCGCAGGCGCACUUCGCGCGCCAGAGCUCCGCUAUUACUUUCUGGUAGUUUCUGGUAUUUAUUGCCUGGUCUUAAGCUGCUACAAGUAGUCCCUCUGUUUCUCCUUUCAAAUUUUUUGACAACCAUUUAUUGGUGGUGACUGUGUCUACAUGAGGCUUCUCUAGGAUCUUUGGAUACUGGCCAUGCAAUGCUUUGUUUUUCCACUUUUCUUCUUUCAUUGACUUCAUCUUGGACUUAAACACGUGUUUCAGGGCUUUAGCAUUUUCAGAGGCAGAUUUAUCUUCUCUGUUCUCAAUCUCUGGCAUUGUUACUUCCCUUUUGAAUUUAGUAGCAUUCUUGGAUUUUGAUUUUUGGCUUUAGAUCUUUCAUGUUCAAGCACCUGCUUUGGGUAUUGCCUUUCUUUGUGCUUCAGAUAGUGAUCAAGCCCUAUUGUUGCUGUUUUGAAUGCCGUUUCUACAUCAAUCAGGCCCCUACCUCCAUCUUUUCUUGGGAUGUACAGCCUUUCCACAUCUGCUUUAGGAUGUAACAUCUUGUGCAUGUUCAAUAGUUUGCGUGUUUGUGUGUCAAUCUUCUUCAUUUCUGCGAUUUUCCAGUCAAUGAUGCCAAAGCUAUAUUGCACAACUGGGACUGCAAGACUAUUGAUAGCUUCUAUUUUGUUUCUUCCAUUGAGCUCAGUUCUUAGGAUUAAUCUUACUCUCCUAUUAUAUUCUUUUCUUAUCUUCUCUUUCAUUUUGCUAUGUUGGAUACCAUCACUUUCAUCUACACCCAGGUAUUUGUAUACUCCUUCCUGGUCCAACUCUUGUAUUUGUGUGUCAUCAUCUAUUACUAUGUUUCCUGUUGAGGCCAGUUUACCUUUCUUGAAACUGGCUUUGGCACAUUUAUCAAGUCCAAAUUUCAUACCAAUAUCAUCACUGAAUUGUUUCACUAUUUUCAGUUCUGCAACUUGUUCUUGCUCGUUCUUGCUAUACAAUUUUAGAUCAUCCACAUAAAACAGAUUGCUGAUUGGAGCACUUGUGUUUAAGAUCUUGUAACCAUACCCAGAUGUAGCCAGCUCUGAUGUUAAAGGCACAAGGGCUAGACAAAAUAGCAGAGGUGAGAAUGAAUCUCCUUGACAGAUCACUCUUUUGAUCUUGAUCUGAUCUGUUGUGAUACAUCAAUCAUUGUGAGAUAGCUUCAUCGUAGUUUUCCAGUUGCUCAUUGAGGUUCUCAUGAACUUGAUUAGUUUUUUAUGAAAUCUGUACAUCUGUAAGGUCUUCAGUAUCCAACUGUGAGGAACACUAUCAUAGGCUUUUCUGUAGUCUAUCUAAGUCAUACUCAAGUUCUUUUUCUUCUUUUUGCAGUCUUCUAUGAUCAUUUUAUUUAUUAGGAGCUGAUCUUUGCAUCCAUAUGAAUCCCUGAGACAACCUCUCUUUUCCUCCGGCAAUAUAUCAUUCUUUGUGACAUGGGUGUAGCUUCUUUCGGUUAAAAUCGAUGUGAGCACCUUUUAGGAUGUUGAUAAGCAGGCAAUUGGUCUAUAGUUUUUGGGGUUCUCUGUGUCUUUGUUCUUUGGUAGUAAAUAUGUUUGUGCUGUUCUAUUGGUUGGUUAUAUGCAUUCAGUAGGUGUUGAUGUAGUGCUGUGAGUUGCUUUAGCCAGAAGUUAGGAACUGCAUCAGGGCCAGGUGACUUCCAGUUGCUUGCUUUCUUUAAAACAGUCUCCAACUCAUCUUGGCUUAUGUCCUCCCAUGGUUGGCAUUCUGUAUCAGCAUAUUUCUGCUCCUCCCUCUUUAUCCACUCUGCUGAAUGGUUGUGCUCUCUAUCGUUCUCCAAGAUGUUACGCCAAAAUGUUUCUGUUGCUUCUUUCUUAGGUGGUUUUUCAACUGAUAUCUGGUCUUUACCAAGGUUUCUGAAGAACUUUUUUCUAUCGUUUGCAAACAUCUGGUUUUGACUGAAUUGUUUACUUCUCUUUACAUAUCUCCUGAUUCUUUGGGCUUUUGCUUGAAUUUUCAUUUUAAGGGAUUCUCUUACUGUUUGCAGUUCUUGAUUUGUUGUUAUUUUGUAUUUCUUUUUAAUUCUUUGUUUUUUCUUGGAGAUCUGUUGGCUUUCACCUUUCUGUGCCAUGUCCGUUAGUACCGACAGAUCAGCUCUCAUUCUUUUAAUCUGAUUCUCUAUUCUUGUCCUCCAUUUUGGUUGUUGCCGUUUAUUGCUCUUUGUCUUUGGGAGUUUUGGCGUUUUACCCAUCUUUUCAGAUAUGACAUACGCAGUGACAUAUUGUAACAAAUUGAUGUUAUUGAGGUUGGGUGUCUCUUCCGCUUAUUACCAAUUGAAUUGCUUGGUUUGCUUGUUUGAUCAACAGCUUAGCUUUUCUGUUCACUGAUAUCUUGGGUAGAGGGGGCCUCUCUGCCAUCCUGAUGUUUUCGCAUUCAGCUCUUGCCCUCUUAAUUUCUUUAACUAGGUCUUCGAUCUUACUAUUAUUAUUAUUGUUAUUAUUAUUAUUUUUUUUAUCAUUGUUAUUAUUAUUAUUAUUAUUAUUAUUACUAUUAUUAUUAUUAUUAUUUUUUAUCAUUAUUAUUAUUAUUAUUAUUAUUAUUAUUAUUAUUAUUAUUAUUAUUAUUAUUAUUAUUUUAAGAAGUGAUACCGGUAAAAGUAAAUGAUAAUAAUUUUACACUAUGUAAAGCUUCGAGUUUAAGCCUUAAAAUAAUUUGAUCAAAAAGGGUUAGCUUUUAAGUCUUUCUUCGGUACGUGCCGCAUAUUAGGGACUUUAAGAUAGGUCACUACGGUACGCUGGAACGGUUGGAUGCGUAUACGGGCGGCCUGGGGCCAUGACGGUAAGAAGUCGCCAAAAUUUUCAAUUUAAGAUCGGACAACAAAACAGAGGACGGUGAAGUCAUGUGCGAAACGUGCUUGUCAUUUCUUUCGCAGAAGGCUCAAUUACUGAAGAAGAGCUUCUUAUUUAAUACGAAGAAUACCAAUCAGAAGAAUAAGGGUACAAAUUAAAGCUAGCUAGCUAGUUUUCAAAACUAUAGUCGAUGUUUUUAUUUGAACUUUCCUUUCCUAAGCCAACACCUUUUGAGUUAAAGAAAUCUUUUCUUGAUAAAAAAUGCAGUUUUAAGUUAUAAAAAGACGGCUACAAUCAUCACUGUUAGGCCCAGUUGAAACGUCGAACUUCUCAUGUGCCGAAACUAAAGCACAAAUUACUAAAAUUUAUUUUCACUUGUUUAAAGCAUUCUAGACCAUUGAACAUCGUGAAAAUGAAUCUAGUUCGACUACACUUUAAGUUCGACGUCUGAGUCAACCUCGAACCAUUUGGGUCGACCUAAACAGGUGUUAAGUUCGGUACAUGAAAAGAUGAACGUUUGAACUGGGCCUUACCUUUCUUUUCUCUGCCAUGGCGGACGACACUGGGUAGGAAACAAGCAGUCGCCAUGCGGCCGCGAGCUAAGUUAUGAAUGAACUCAGACAUUUUCGCUUUUUUUUUCAUUUCACCGAUAGGUAAAUCAAUGUAAACACAAGCCAACGCGUAUUUAACCCAGUGGCUACGCAGUUUUAGAAGAAAAGUGACAAUAAGUAUGCAUGAACUCUUAUCGGUUUCACCGUUGUCUUCACGACGAGAAACCCGACGAAAACAUACCGUCCCGGAAGGACGACGGUAAAAGGUCACGCGUUUUUUGCGUGACGUGACAUCUAUCUAACCGUCCCAGGCGACCGUAGUGACCUAUCUUAAAGUCCCUAUUUGUUCGACGAGGUCACGGUUCGAGGUUGUCCGCUAUAGUGAGAAGUGAUUCCAUUUGCUUUUAUUGAAAUGGAUGGAUGAAAAUUGAUCGCUCUUUUUGAUAUACAAAUCAUGUGAAAGAGAAAGUAAAACCAACUAUUACAGCUGAUUCUUAAGUCGCGGCACAAGCCGAUUUAUAAAAUGGAUUUAUAAAGAGAGAUACGAAUUGCUCUUACUGAAAAGAAUACAACAACUUAAUAACAGCCUGCAAACCAAAAAGCUGAAACUUAUGUCAUGUUAGGCCCCUUUCAAACGUGGAAUUUCUUAUGAGUGCCGAGCACCUAUUUUAGUCAAUGAAAGUAAUUAAAUACGGCAGUUGAUUCAGACGUCGGAUAUGAUGGUGCCGAAUUUAACUCCGUUUGUUGUAAAUAUUCCCAGUCUCUAAAAACAUUUGUUAUCCAAUGUUGAUAAGGGUUUCUAUAGUUAAUGCAUUAUAUUCAGCACAUGUGAAAUGCGACUUCUAAAUCAAAUGUUGAACCUAAGUCGAAUUUUCGACUGUUUUAGUGGAGUCGCAGAUUCGACAAAGUCGCGUUAAAUUUGAAACUGUCGAGUUCAGUUGAUUCAGACGGCUCACCUAAAAGCAGUUACCUCUCGAAUUAAAUUAGGCACAUGUGAAAAUCCACGAUUGAGCUGGGUAAUGAUAACAGUGUCCAGUAUUACUAAAAAUACCGGUAGACACGCUAUGAUACAUAACGCAUUCUUAUAUUCCUUAGUAUUCCAGUAAGCUAUAUGUACCACAAACGCAAAAAAAGAGAUUAAAAAAAAAAAGAAAAAAAGAAGGUUUCAAAAAAUUUGCUUCAAGGAGAUUCCAACUCGGACCCUCAAAAUCAGUUAGAACUAAAACUUAAUGCCUCUAUCCCGUGAACCACCUCGGUAAACGCUGACGAUUUGAGUUUAAAAGAGGUAUAUGUACAUAUUCCUUCUCUAUGGUGAUUGACAGUUUUCAAGAAUGACUGCUUCGGGUUUUUUUAAUUUCCGUGUAGGAUUAAGGUCUCGGUAAAGGAAAACGAGGUGCCUACAGAAAAAAAUUCUAGUCGCGCGAGUAUUUUCGCUACAAAGACAAGUUAUAUAUCAAAUUAAAGCUAAAACACUAAAUUACCUUAUAAAAGAUUUUAUUUCAUCGAAUUCCAAAAGGCGCUUAAGUUUUUUUGCUCUUGAACUCAGAGGUAUCGAGUUUACUGCUGAAGCUCCAGCCCUUUCGAGUUGUUAAAUAUUCACUUCCUUUUUAUAGCAUCUGAUUGACAGAUAAAAGACCUAAAAAGGGUGUGAGGAAAUAAGCAUAUGUCUCGUAUUAGCGGAAUUAUUGCAUUUCAAACUAAAACGUCGAAUCUCGAGCGCGAUUUACGCAAAGAAACUGACAUAAAAUGAGUUACAAAGGGAAAUCGGAAAAUUCCUCACACACUUUUUGAGUCUAUAUCAUUAUCCAUCAUAUCUGAAAGUUUCAAAGCGAUAGUGGUUGGCAUUCUGUAUCAGCAUAUUUCUGCUCCUCCCUCUUUAUCCACUCUGCUGAAUGGUUGUGCUCUCUAUCGUUCUCCAAGAUGUUACGCCAAAAUGUUUCUGUUGCUUCUUUCUUAGGUGGUUUUUCCUCUUGGCUUUACCAAGGUUUCUGAAUAACUUUUUCCUAUCGUUUGAAAACAUCUGGUUUUGACUGAAUUGUUUACUUCUUUUUACAUAUCUCCUGAUUCUUUGGGCUUUUGCUUGAAUUUUCAUUUCAAGGGAUUCUCCUACUGUUUGCAGUUCUUGAUUUGUUGUUAUUUUGUAUUUCUUUGUUUUUUCUUGGAGAUCUUUUGGCUUUCACCUUUCUGUGCCAUGUCCGUUUGUACCAACAGAUCAGCUCUCAUGAUUUUAAUCUGAUUCUCUAUUCUUGUCCUCCAUUUUGGUUGUUGCCGUUUAUUGCUCUUUGUCUUUGGGAGUUUUGGCGUUUUACCCAUCUUUUCAGAUAUGACAUACGCAGUGACAUAUUGUAACAAAUUGAUGUUAUUGAGGUUGGGUGUCUCUUCCGCUUAUUACCAAUUGAAUUGCUUGGUUUGCUUGUUUGAUCAACAGCUUAGCUUUUCUGUUCACUGAUAUCUUGGGUAGAGGGGGCCUCUCUGCCAUCCUGAUGUUUUCGCAUUCAGCUCUUGCCCUCUUAAUUUCUUUAACUAGGUCUUCGAUCUUACUAUUAUUAUUAUUGUUAUUAUUAUUAUUUUUUUUAUCAUUGUUAUUAUUAUUAUUAUUAUUAUUAUUACUAUUAUUAUUAUUAUUAUUUUUUAUCAUUAUUAUUAUUAUUAUUAUUAUUAUUAUUAUUAUUAUUAUUAUUAUUAUUAUUAUUAUUUUAAGAAGUGAUACCGGUAAAAGUAAAUGAUAAUAAUUUUACACUAUGUAAAGCUUCGAGUUUAAGCCUUAAAAUAAUUUGAUCAAAAAGGGUUAGCUUUUAAGUCUUUCUUCGGUACGUGCCGCAUAUUAGGGACUUUAAGAUAGGUCACUACGGUACGCUGGAACGGUUGGAUGCGUAUACGGGCGGCCUGGGGCCAUGACGGUAAGAAGUCGCCAAAAUUUUCAAUUUAAGAUCGGACAACAAAACAGAGGACGGUGAAGUCAUGUGCGAAACGUGCUUGUCAUUUCUUUCGCAGAAGGCUCAAUUACUGAAGAAGAGCUUCUUAUUUAAUACGAAGAAUACCAAUCAGAAGAAUAAGGGUACAAAUUAAAGCUAGCUAGCUAGUUUUCAAAACUAUAGUCGAUGUUUUUAUUUGAACUUUCCUUUCCUAAGCCAACACCUUUUGAGUUAAAGAAAUCUUUUCUUGAUAAAAAAUGCAGUUUUAAGUUAUAAAAAGACGGCUACAAUCAUCACUGUUAGGCCCAGUUGAAACGUCGAACUUCUCAUGUGCCGAAACUAAAGCACAAAUUACUAAAAUUUAUUUUCACUUGUUUAAAGCAUUCUAGACCAUUGAACAUCGUGAAAAUGAAUCUAGUUCGACUACACUUUAAGUUCGACGUCUGAGUCAACCUCGAACCAUUUGGGUCGACCUAAACAGGUGUUAAGUUCGGUACAUGAAAAGAUGAACGUUUGAACUGGGCCUUACCUUUCUUUUCUCUGCCAUGGCGGACGACACUGGGUAGGAAACAAGCAGUCGCCAUGCGGCCGCGAGCUAAGUUAUGAAUGAACUCAGACAUUUUCGCUUUUUUUUUCAUUUCACCGAUAGGUAAAUCAAUGUAAACACAAGCCAACGCGUAUUUAACCCAGUGGCUACGCAGUUUUAGAAGAAAAGUGACAAUAAGUAUGCAUGAACUCUUAUCGGUUUCACCGUUGUCUUCACGACGAGAAACCCGACGAAAACAUACCGUCCCGGAAGGACGACGGUAAAAGGUCACGCGUUUUUUGCGUGACGUGACAUCUAUCUAACCGUCCCAGGCGACCGUAGUGACCUAUCUUAAAGUCCCUAUUUGUUCGACGAGGUCACGGUUCGAGGUUGUCCGCUAUAGUGAGAAGUGAUUCCAUUUGCUUUUAUUGAAAUGGAUGGAUGAAAAUUGAUCGCUCUUUUUGAUAUACAAAUCAUGUGAAAGAGAAAGUAAAACCAACUAUUACAGCUGAUUCUUAAGUCGCGGCACAAGCCGAUUUAUAAAAUGGAUUUAUAAAGAGAGAUACGAAUUGCUCUUACUGAAAAGAAUACAACAACUUAAUAACAGCCUGCAAACCAAAAAGCUGAAACUUAUGUCAUGUUAGGCCCCUUUCAAACGUGGAAUUUCUUAUGAGUGCCGAGCACCUAUUUUAGUCAAUGAAAGUAAUUAAAUACGGCAGUUGAUUCAGACGUCGGAUAUGAUGGUGCCGAAUUUAACUCCGUUUGUUGUAAAUAUUCCCAGUCUCUAAAAACAUUUGUUAUCCAAUGUUGAUAAGGGUUUCUAUAGUUAAUGCAUUAUAUUCAGCACAUGUGAAAUGCGACUUCUAAAUCAAAUGUUGAACCUAAGUCGAAUUUUCGACUGUUUUAGUGGAGUCGCAGAUUCGACAAAGUCGCGUUAAAUUUGAAACUGUCGAGUUCAGUUGAUUCAGACGGCUCACCUAAAAGCAGUUACCUCUCGAAUUAAAUUAGGCACAUGUGAAAAUCCACGAUUGAGCUGGGUAAUGAUAACAGUGUCCAGUAUUACUAAAAAUACCGGUAGACACGCUAUGAUACAUAACGCAUUCUUAUAUUCCUUAGUAUUCCAGUAAGCUAUAUGUACCACAAACGCAAAAAAAGAGAUUAAAAAAAAAAAGAAAAAAAGAAGGUUUCAAAAAAUUUGCUUCAAGGAGAUUCCAACUCGGACCCUCAAAAUCAGUUAGAACUAAAACUUAAUGCCUCUAUCCCGUGAACCACCUCGGUAAACGCUGACGAUUUGAGUUUAAAAGAGGUAUAUGUACAUAUUCCUUCUCUAUGGUGAUUGACAGUUUUCAAGAAUGACUGCUUCGGGUUUUUUUAAUUUCCGUGUAGGAUUAAGGUCUCGGUAAAGGAAAACGAGGUGCCUACAGAAAAAAAUUCUAGUCGCGCGAGUAUUUUCGCUACAAAGACAAGUUAUAUAUCAAAUUAAAGCUAAAACACUAAAUUACCUUAUAAAAGAUUUUAUUUCAUCGAAUUCCAAAAGGCGCUUAAGUUUUUUUGCUCUUGAACUCAGAGGUAUCGAGUUUACUGCUGAAGCUCCAGCCCUUUCGAGUUGUUAAAUAUUCACUUCCUUUUUAUAGCAUCUGAUUGACAGAUAAAAGACCUAAAAAGGGUGUGAGGAAAUAAGCAUAUGUCUCGUAUUAGCGGAAUUAUUGCAUUUCAAACUAAAACGUCGAAUCUCGAGCGCGAUUUACGCAAAGAAACUGACAUAAAAUGAGUUACAAAGGGAAAUCGGAAAAUUCCUCACACACUUUUUGAGUCUAUAUCAUUAUCCAUCAUAUCUGAAAGUUUCAAAGCGAUAGAUUAAAACCUGUCCCGACUGGAGGUCGGAGAAUUUUGAUUUUUGCGUCUAAAAUAGAGUGAGUGUCACGCAAUAGACAGGGGCUGUCAAUCACUUUUCGCGCGCAACUUAUGGCAGGAAACAGAAAAGGCUCAUUUUAGAAGGGUUAAAAAGCACUUUCUGAUUUACUUUUCUGCCAAAAUAAAAUUUAGGACCCACUCAUGCCAAAAAUAAAAAAAACAAAACAAAAGAAAAUCGAGCAAUGUACUAAAAUUUUCAUUUACCGAGACCUUAAAUCUUUAACUGAUCGAAGUUAGACCUAAAGCUCACAAUAAACCUAUUAAGAGACUCUUUCAGGCUUAGUCCAUGCCAGGGGAACGUUUAAGAAAUUUAUGAAAAAUCGAUCGCGCGACUAGCGACUGAACCGUACGACCGUACGAUUCUCUCCCUGAUCGUAAGGUGUCUUUUCAUCGGUCGGGGAAAACGUUUACACAACAUUCUUCAUCUUUAUGUCCAUUGGUUUAGGUAAGGGUAGUAAACCAUUCGGCUUUUAGGGUUAGAAGAGCUGCUACAUGACCUCUCUCCCUGGAAUGAAGAAAAACAUUAUGUCCGCCAAAUUCAUCCUUUUAGUUUUUAAAUUUCUCCUUUAUUAACAAACGUUGAACAUUUAUGACAAAAAAGGUACUUUAAAAACCAACUGAAACAUUCAAAACGAAGGAGAAGUAUAAAAUUAACACAAACUUUCUCUACUAUAUUGGCUUGUGUAACGCAAUACCAAAGUAUUGGAGGAAAAUCUUUAGAGGUGAUAACGAAAAUGAUAUGGUAGUUUCGGAUUAGUCAGUUCAGCCAUUUAAGAACUCACCUCCCACUUGCCGGCAAGUACGCGCGUUUCAUGUAUCCAAAUCUUUCCAAAAACCUACAUCCGAAGUUCGUCUUGUUGAGGCUGGCUUCACAGAUCAGACAAUUGCGGCGUUAUACGUUCUCCCAUUCAAGCUCACAAAAAGCAUAAAGCUUUCUAUGUUUCAGUUUAAAAUAAACCAUCACAUCCUGUACACUCGCGACAAACUUUUCAAGGUCAAAAUUACUGACAGUGACUCCUGUCAUGUGUGUGAAUCGAAGCAGACCCUAAAGCAUCUUUUUGUAGAAUGCCAGCAUGUCCACUCCUUCUGGAACCUUUUUACCUCUUGGUGGAACGAGAAUAAUUCCCUCUCAGUGUCCUUGACCAAUAACGAUAAGAUUUACGGAUAUCUCCCUGAGAAUCGAUCCCUCCAUACGUUUAAUCUUUGCCUGAUAGUCGCUCGGUUUUAUAUCUACACCGCAGCCAAAGAAAGCGAACCAUCUAGUUUCUUAGCCUUUAAGAGUGAAUGUCGGUAAAAAUCAAACAAAAAUCGACAAUUCGUGUCAACAGUCAAAAAAUCGAUUCGGCUCAUUUUUUGUCCAGGGAAAGGCUAAGAUACUACCUUCAGUAAAGUGGAACUAGUUUUUUGAAAUACCCUUUUCUUUUGAAACAAACCGUUAAAAAUAUUUUUCGCCGUAUUUGGCUAUGCGCCAGCUCAAAAUUUUACUAUGUUCAAAAUACUCGUGUUCGAUCGAUCAAAAACAUAGCAGCCAGUCUUCUUUUGCUAUAAGUAUUCAGUAGGGGCCUUGUUUUAUUAAAAUAUAUGAAUAGUUUUCGUCUCAUUUGAAUGAACAUUUGGCAGCCCUUCAAGAGAUACUUGUCUGAGAUCUGUGAUCAACCAACACUGAGGUAAAACAGAUGCAAUAGCAGUGCAACAUGAUGUAGAUUAUUCAGUUUGCAAAGACGAUAGAAAAUGUAAAAACAAAGAAGAUAGAAAAAUGGUUAAAAACUGUGAUAAAGAAUUUAUUAAAAAUUUAGCUUACUCCGAAAUCGAAUUUUCAGUGGCUGUAAAACAGUACAACAAAAUCGAGAAAAAAACAAUAUCAAUAUAAACGUAUUUGGUUUUGAAGAUAAACAGCCAUAACCCAUCUAUGUAUCCAAAGAAAAGUUUGAACAUAAUAUGAACCUUCUGCUGAUAACAGAGGAUGGAAAAAAACAUUAUGUACUUUAACUUUAACAAGUUCAUGUACAACCAAACAAAACAUCCACAUAGGAAACAUUUCUGUAUGUAUCGCCUACAAUGUUUUAAUAGUGAGGAUGUACUAAAAAAUCACAAGACUAACUGUAUGGUCAUUAAUGGUCAACAAGCCAUAAACGUUCCUGAGAAAGAUAAUAACAUCUUGAAAGUCACCAACUUUCAUAAGCAGAUGCCUGUACCAUUUGUAAUCUUUGCUGAUUUUCAGGCUAUUACAGAAAAAGUACAAGGAUGUGAACCAAACAUUAAUAAAUCAUAUACUGAAACAUAUCAAAACCAUAAAGACUGUGGGUAUGGAUAUAAGGUUAUUUGUUGUUAUGAUAAUAAAUAUACCAAACCAGCUCAAAUUUAUAGGGGAGAAAAUGCUAUAUACAAAUUCAUGGAGAAGAUGUUAGAAGAAGUGCAAUGGUGCCGAAAAAUGACCAAAAAAACAUUUCAAUAAACCAGUGAGAAUGACAAAAAAGGAUCAACAAGAUUUUGAAGAAGCUGACAAAUGUCAUAUUUGUAAUAAAAAAUAUUCUGAGAAAGAUAUUCGUGUCAGAGGCCCUUGUCAUAUAACUGGAAAAUACAGAGGAUCUGCUCAUCAAGAUUGUAAUAUGAAUUUCAAGCUGGCUGACAAGAUUCCAGUUAUUUUUCGUCAUUUGAGAGCCUAUAAUAGCCAUUUUAUUAUGCAAGAGAUUGGCCAAAUAGCAAAAAAGCACACCUAUAAAAAUAAAAAAAGGUGAAGAACAAAAGAUGACCAUAAAUGUCAUCCCUAAUAAUAUGGAAAAAUACAUGGCCUUCAUGUUGGGUAAACAUUUGGUGUUCCUUGAUAGUUUCCAAUUCAUGAGCUCUAGUCUUGAUAAGCUAGUAAGCGAUCUACCCGAUAAAGCAUUUAAAUACAUAUCAGAAGCCUUUAAAAAUGAACAAUUCAAGCUUAUGAAACAGAAAGGUGUUUAUCCAUAUGAUUAUUUGAGCAGUUUUGAUAAAUUUAAUGAAAAACAACUACCAAAAAAAGGUUUUUACAGCAUAUUAAAUAAUGAACACAUUUCAGAUAAAGACUUCACCCAUGAUAAAAAUGUCUCAAGAACCUUCAACCUUAAAUCAAAGGGUGAAUACCAUGAUUUACAUCUAAAGUCAGAUAUCCUUUUACUUCCUGAUGGCACCAUUGGGCUAAGUUGUACAGUGAGGUGUUGGACAAACACGCUCCAAUAAAGAAAAAACGGGUCAGAUGUGAUCAGUUGCCCUGGAUAACUCUACAAAUUCAACGCGAAAUUUCGCGUCGUAAUCGAUUGUUUAAGAAACAUGCAAAGAACCCAACAAAGACCUUUUGGGAGGAGUUUAAGAAAAAGAGAAACAAGGUCACAUCCCUGAAACGAAAAGGGUUGUAGACGUUUUGCAUGGAGGCAUCGACAAACACUAAACAUCAUGGUGAGUUUGGAAUAAAUUGAGAUCAUUUUUGCCAAGCAAAGGAAAGAAGCAAUCAAAGAUUCUUCUGAUUGAUAACGAGCGUAUAAUUACUGAUUUAUUGUCUGUGGAUGAAACGUUCAACAACUACUUCUGUGAGGUAGCUAGGAGUGGCAGAGACUGUAAGGAAAUGGUUGAGUUUGUUGAUCAUCCUUGUGUUAAAGCCAUCGCUGAGAAAACUCGAGAUACUUGUUUUAACCUUGUCCCAGUUGAUGUCAGCUACAUAAGGAAAUUUUGGACACUCUGGGCUGUUGGUUGCGAUAAAAUAUCUCAGAGGUUGCUACGUUUAUCCUCACCUGUUAUUGCUGAACCGAUUACCAGUUUGAUCAAUUACUUUAUUACUAAUCGACAAUGGCCGAUAGUUUGGAAAAGUAGCGAUGUUGUUCCGGUAUUUAAGAACGAAAGUGCGACGGAUAAGACCUGCUAUCGACCAGUUUCUGUUCUGACUGCCUUUUCGAAAUUAUAUGAGAAGGUGUUGUUCGAUCAAAUUUAUGAAGCCUUUUACUGGAGGCUCUCACCGAAUCUGUUAGGCUUUCUCAAGGGUCAUUCGUGUUGUACGGCGCUAUUGAAAUUAACUGAAGAUUGGAGAGCCUGUCUAGACAGAAAAGAAGCCGUUGCAGUAGUGGCUAACGACCUAAGUAAAGCAUUUGACUCUAUUUGCCAGCCAUUUCUGCUAGCUAAAUUGAAGGCAUAUGGUUUCACGUAUGAUGCGCUGAAAAUUAUGACCGCUUAUCUUAUUGGACGGAGACAGAGGGUUAAACGUGAUGGUGUACAUUCUACGUGGAGAACCAUAAAAACUCGUGUACCACAGGGGUCGCUGUUAGGUCCACUAUUGUUUAAUACGUAUGUUAAUGAUCUCAAUUAUUUUAUUACUAAUACGUUUCAAGGCUGGAUCUACCUCCCCUUAAUCUGGAGUUUAUGAAUCGAUCCUUUACAUUUUUAGCCAGCAAACUUUGGGAUGCGUUACCUCCAAAAGUCAGCGAAUCACAAGACAUUGUGUCAUUUAAGCGAUCUCUUAAAGCUCACAUGGCUUAGGGUGCAGUGCUUGUAAAUUUUGUAAAUAGCUUUAGUUUUAGAUUCUGCUUUUAGCCAUUUUGUAGAUCUAUUUAUAGUUAUUAUUUAACAGUAUUAAUGUAUUGGUUACUAGCAUAUAUAUAAAUCUUUAAUUUUUUAAUUUGUAUACACGCACACGUUUUAACGAGAACUUUAGUGCUCCUGGGUGUUACGUGUUUAAAUAAAGGAUUUGAUCUGAUUUGAUUUGAUGUUUUCGAAAAUUUUAGAUAAACUUGUCUGCAAUACUGUGAAUUAGAUCCAUGCCAUUAUUUCGCUUCACCUGGUUCGAGUUGGGAUGCUACGUUAAAAAUGACUGAUAUCGAACUGGAACUUAUUAUGACAUUCGUAUGUUUCAAUUUAUUGAGAAAGGUAUCUGUGGUGGAAUAAGUUAUAUGGCCAAUCGUUAUGGUUAGGCAAACAAUAAGUAAAUGAAAAAUUAUAAUGAGAAGGCGCCCUCAAAGUAUAUCACGUAUCUUGACGCUAACAAUCUUUAUGGUUGCGCUAUGAGUCGGUAUUUACCAACUGGUGGUUUUAGAUGGCUUACAGAAAAAGAUUUAGAUAAAAUAGAUUUAGCUAAAUACACUGAGGAUAGUGAAAAGGCUUUGCUAUUAGAGGUUGAUCUUGAAUAUCCUCAGCCAUUGCAUGACCUACAUAAUGACUACCCAUUAGCAGCUGAAAAAAUUAGUGUUUCCAAAUAUAUGCUGUCAAAUUAUUGUGAAAUUAUAAGAAAAAAAUACAGUAUUACUAUUGGACAAGUUAAAAAACUAAUUCCAACAUUGAGUAAUAGAGACAAGUAUGUCCUUUGUUACAGGAUUGAAAGUUAAAAAAAGGUGCAGUGUGUAUUAGGAUCUGAGCAGUCACCUUGGUUAAAACAAUAUGUCGAUUCCAAUACAAAGAAGAGAACUAAAUAAUGCUAAAAAUGCUUUUCAGAAGGACUUUUUUCAACUGAUGAACAACUCAGUUUUUGGCAAGACAAUGGAGAACAUUCGUAAAAGAGUAGAUGUGAGACCUUGUAACAAGCAAAGAAAAACUACUAAAAUUUGCUUCAAAACCGACUUAUGUAAGCAGUAAAAUUAUGGUGGAUGUGCAUAAGAUUAAAGAAAAAAUUACCCUCAAAACGCCGGCAUAUGUAGGAAUGUGUAUUCUUGAUCUUCGUAAGACACCAAUGUGUGAUUUUUGUCAUUAUCUAGCUUAGAUGACAAACGCUACAUUCAUAAGAAUAAUAUAUCAAGCUACACUUAUGCAUCAGUCAAUUCAACCUGCGCCCAGCCCCCCGCCCCCCUGGGCUACUGCGGGGCAUUUGCCUGCCUUGUCAGUCCCGGGGAUUGGGCAUUUGCAAAUUUGGCACUGCCCGGGGGCCGGCAAUUUGCCAACCCUCGGGCCAUUCCUGAGCUUUUGACACGCACGCGGUUUCCUAUCAGAAUAUAACUACACAGGUUUUUCUGCAAAAAAGCAGAUUGGGGAAUCCGUCAAGGACAGGAAUAAGUUGUAGAGGGUUGUAAAGGCAUGUUCUCGAUUUUGCAUGUAUGUAUGCAUUUCUUCAUUGCUUAUCAAGCCAGAAUUACGUAGCGAAAUUGGAGCUAUCGAUGUGAAUCAACGUUUUUUGGUCAUUGAAUCAAAUUUCUAUUGAUAUUAUUUGAAGAACAUCCUUUCGUAUUUAUAAAACUAUUCAUAAAAUAUAACUUUACAGCGCUCUAUUAAUUUUAAUGUCAGUAAUCUUAUAUCAGUACUAAAACCAUAAACUGGUGCAUGUCGUCGCGGCGUGAAGUCUUAAUUAGAAUCCUAGCGCAAUUACAAAGGAAGACGUUUAUUGAAACAAAAAAUCGCACAUUAAAAUGCUUAAAAUGGCACUAUUUGACUGUGCGAUCAAGGAAAAAUGUUGCAGUGUUGACGGAGGGCGGGCAUUUGCCUUCUUUUUUCGUCCCCACCCCGGGGGAUUUGACAGCUCAAGAGUCUCCAUCCCCGGGAAUCUGCCAUCCAAGGCAAAAAAACUGCUAAUGCCCGGGGGUCAGCCCGGGGGAGCUGGGCGCAGGUGGAACUGUACAAUAUAAAACAAACACUCUUCCACUUUUUCAUAUCAACUUUCUUUACUUUAAAAACAUAUCGGUAUCUAUUAUGUAGAGAAGAUACAGCAAUUCAAUUUCAAAAACUUACACAAUAUAUUCUAUUAUUAUAUAACUAAAUUCUCAGAACAAUAUGAGUUUUACUGAAAAAGUUCAUAAUUGUGAGGUAAAAAUGUGAAGUUUUUGAUUGGUUGAGAGAAAUUGUGCAACUAAUGACUCAUAGGGAAAAGUCCCCUCUAUAUUACAUCACUUCCUGUUUUGCCGAGAAUGUUACGCAAUGGUGAUUUUUCCUGUUUUAUUAUGCUUUAGAAUAAUAUAUAGUUUUCCAAAAUAUUUACCAUUAUGAGGAAAAGUAGUGUACAGUAGGCGUGCUACGAGAUCAACUGUUCUGGUAGCGCCAACUCUAUACUACUAAUCGUUUAAAAAACCAAUACAAACCGAUACGUUCUUUUAGAAUUUUAGCGGGGAACAAACUUUCUUCUCUGGAGGAUAAACUUCUUUGGAAUAAUGGCAAACUAGAGCAGUUGUAAGUACAGACUAUAAUCAUUCAAUGCAAAUUUUUCUUCCAUUUCAUUAGCCGAAAGCCCACCACGUGACCGGAAAUAACUGCCUGCAAAUAAUAGUCUGCUCAUGCGCAAUAUCGUCCAUCUGUGUUUGGCUGCAAAUAAUAUUCUGCUCAUCCUUCUUGCGAUCUUUCUUGCGUGAAAAAAAGCAGAUCGCUUCGUUUCCCGAAGAUAUUCAUUAAAAAAAAAAAGACUUGGAGAUCGAAUGAUAAAACAAUUAUUAAACUCGGUUAUCGCAAAAUACCGUGAUUUGUCAGUGUCUCGCAGAUUAAUUAUUUGCUUUGGCUGCAAAUAAUAUUCUGCUCAUCCUUCUUGCGAUCUUUCUUGCGUGAAAAAAAGCAGAUCGCUUCGUUUCCCGAAGAUAUUCAUUAAAAAAAAAAGACUUGGAGAUCGAAUGAUAAAACAAUUAUUAAACUCGGUUAUCGCAAAAUACCGUGAUUUGUCAGUGUCUCGCAGAUUAAUUAUUUGCCUCAGCCUUCGGCUUUGGCAAAUGAUUGAUCUGCUCGCCACUGAAAAAUCACGAUAUUUUGCUCAACCUCGUCCAAUAAUUGUUAAUUGUUGUAGAAAGAAGCGCAGACCAUUUCAGUCUUAUUAAUUUAUUUGUUUCGAAGAAAAUACUUUUUUUGUCGUUUGUUGUGCCAAAUCUCAGGGAUCUAGGAAGCAACCAGCUAGAGAUAAUUGGUGCCAGGUUCUUCAGAAAUCUCACUUCAGUCAAGUACCUGUAAGUAUAUCAAGAUUAAGCAGAGAUGUCUCAAAUCUAGUUCUCAGAAGCUGAAAUUCUAACAAGCACAUACGAAAUAACCUAUCAUGAUCGUAGACCCUGAGGAGCAGCCAGCUGGGUCGACAGCUGAGGGAACUUUCGUCGCGCUGUUUCUGCCGACCCGACUGAGGGGGAUGAAGUGCUUUUCGUCUCCGAUUUGAUUUACUAACAUCACUAAAGCAAUCAAUGCAUCCAAUGCUUAAGCCGGAAUAAAAUAAUGAUAAUUAUCAUAAAAUCGUAAUCGUGAUCAUAAUCAUAAUCUUAAUCUUAAUGGUAAUCGUAAUCGUAAUCAUUAUCAUUACCAUUAUCAUAUUUACAAUCAUUAUCGGAAUCAUGAUCAUAAUCUUUAUAACAUGGUGUAUGGAGAUAAAUAUGCAGGUUUGAGAACACCAAAAGGAGUGCCAAAGAAGCACGAGCCACAAGCUUAAGCUCUCCGAAAAAGCUCAUUGAAAUUGCUAAUUUUACUAUUAGGAUUAACCAACCCUCACUGUUUGAAUCAAAAGCUUUUGAUUAAUACAUUUUUUUUCCUUAUAUAACGUAGCGUACUAGCAGAUAAUCAAUUGACUGAAAUCUCUGAUGGAAUCGGAACUAUGACCAGUCUACUGAUAUUGUAAGUUGGGUAACAUAUCUUCAUCGCACAGAUACGUAUAUGUCAUGGUCUACUGAGUAAUAUAAUAUGGUUGUAUCUUCUUGAGUGAAUGGAACAUAUCUGUUUUCUUAACAGUUACAGUCAAUUCUCUCUUAACGGACACCUCGAUCAAGAAGGACACCUUGCUAAAACAGACACCUAGAGUUGGUUCCUCCCCUUUUGAUUCCCUCUUGUUGACUCUAUCAAACGAGUGUCUCUCUGAGACGGGCACUUGGUGACGGUCCCAAAGAUGUCCGUCUUAGAGAGAUUUGACUGCAUACACAAACUUGAGUCUCAUCUUCUUAAGACGGGUGUUUAACAUUUGAGAUCUAAGCAAUUGUCAACAAGUGAAAUCCGGUGUUUCCUAUAUGGGCCUUGUUUCGUGAGCGAAGAAGAUUGUAAGGAUGCGUUAUCUGAUUGAAUUACGAGCUGUGAACAAAGGGACUUUGAGCUGGAUAAAGUGCAACCCAAACAGGUUUUUGAUACAGUAGGCUGAUCUUGGAGUAGGUUUCAUCUGAUCACUUUGGAAAACACUGCCUUGCUAAACUCCAUUACAAUUUAUUUAAGGGAUCUCUCCAGGAACAACAUACAACGUAUCCCAGUAACACCACUGAACCGCUUGAGGAAACUCAAGGUUCUGUAAGUAGAAUUCCUUAGUCUGUAACUUAAAACUGUAAAAGAUAAUCAUAACGAUUUAUGUGAUGGCAAGGUCAGCAAGUUAAAAAGUGUGAAAUUUACGCGCCCUUGCAAAUAAAAUAAAGAUAACUGAUGUGAGAAAGGUCGCGCAUGAACAUUAAAGCUGAACCGCUCAACUUUUACGUUUACGCGCGAUGCUUCAUACAUUGCCUCUACUUUUUUGCGCGGGCUUAUACAAUUUAUGUGCUUAGGCACGUACAAAUUACGCGAGAGUGGAAGUCCACCUUUGGGGUGCCAGGCUAUAUCAGUAGUAUGAAGCGACUUACCAUCUGUCCUAGGCCUUUCAAGAUAUUAAACAGCAGCGUAAAACCAUAAAAUACAUACGGUAUCUAUUCAUAAGACUUUAAGGUAAAAGAUCGUGUUGUGCUAUAAUUUAUACUUUUUAUUGUUAUUCUUUCAGAGCAUUAUAUCAGAAUUUAAUCGACUCAAUAACAAGUGAAACGUUUGCCAACCUUACUGAACUCGAGUUUUUGUAAGUUGAAACAACCAAGAAUGAUUUCUGUUCGCGUGGAGGACAUUUAUUAGAAUUUAUCAAUUAUCAUGGUUCUAUAUGUUAUAUUCUUGUACUAUUUAAUUUGUCACCAGAUGGUUAAAAUAAGUAAGGUAAAUUUGUAGUUCGUGACACGCGCCAUGAUCAUGAUUCUGAUCCUGGAAGAAGCUGAUUACUGAAAUAAAUAUUUUCCGAUCGGUGUCAGUGAACGUUUGCACCUCUUAUAGGUGAAAAACCGACAAAAACAACUUUAGUUGGAUUUUUUGCUGCUUUUAACCGUUCCCCUUGUAGUGAUAUCCCAGUUCUACAUUUAUACACCGCCCUCUUUUCCAUAACUAGUUUUAUGAUAAAGUUCAGAAAAAACGCGCGCCUUGAGUAGUUAAAAAAGCGUGCUUUACCAGAGCACAUAUGUAUAAAACACGGCGCUAUGUGUCUCGGCAUCUGCCAAUAGUUUGUUUUGAAAGUUAGAAAGAAAUGUGUGGGAUUUAACCGAAUUCUUUGUCAUUAAAAAAAUGAAAAAGCCUUGAAUAUGCCCUGUUUUGGUGUAAAGCACUUAGGAAGCAGCUAGAGCACUCAUGAAGUAGGGAGAAAGGGUCGACUGCGUCUCUUGUUUCCCCUUAUGCUUCUUUCGUUCUCUAGCGGCUUCCUCUGUGCUUUACAAUAGAACAGAACACAGUCAAGGCUUCUUUGUUUGUUAAAUAGGAAAUUAUUGACAGCAUUAAAAGCUAAUUAGCAUCUCCCUAGGUACAAAAUGUAACUUUUAUUAUUAGUGAAGUGUACGCACAUAGAGAGAAACUACUCACAUUAAGAUACUAAUCGUUACAGUCAUCACGACGUUCACCGUGAGCAGUAAACAUUUACACUUAUCUAACACCUAACGUGACAUUCAUGAUACAGGGAUUUCGUUGUUCUAUCUGCUCCAUUACAUUAGUAUAACAACAUUUGUACUUCUCAAUUUUGCAGACUGCUUAAUGACAACCGUCUCACCAAGAUUCCAGACGAAGCUUUCUUAAAUCUUAAAAUCUUGGGACUGCUGUAAGUUCUUUUGUAAUCAUUGAUUUUAGCUAACAAUGUGAUCCUCCCUUUUGCUAUUCUCAUACACGUUUCGUACUUCUUGGUUUUUCUCACAGCAUGCUUUCCGAUAAUAAAAUUCAAGAUGUUGGAUCCAAG